AACUCACCACUGGAUGACGUCACUCAUUCUCAGUCUAGCAUUCUAUUGGUCAGUGGGUGUGGUUUAUUCCAAGCGUCAUUGACGCUCCAAAUUCCUACGCUAAUGAUCGGCCGUGAAGCUAUCACUCCAUCUCUGGUGCGUUCACGCUCCGGAUCCCUCGGCGGCCGCUUGUCCUGAAGGAUGCCCGCUCCCUCCACCGUCAGCCCGGCGGCGCCGCGAUGGGUACCGGCCUGCAGAUGACUUCUUCGUGGCGAGAGAAGGCGGGUCGCGAGCACCCACGGCCGCUCCCCCUGAGCGCCGGCGCGCGCUACGCCGCGCUGGUCGCCGCGUGCGCGCUGUGCUACAGCAACUCUUUGCGCGGGGAGCUGGUCCACGACGACGUGUGGGCCAUCGUCAACAACCCGGACGUCCGCGCGGGGUCCAGCCUCCGCAGCAUCUUUAGCAACGACUUUUGGGGCAAAAAGAUGGCGGACAACACGAGCCACAAGUCCUACAGACCCCUCUGCGUCCUCACCUUCAAGUUGAAUGUCGUGUUUGGUGGCAUGACUCCUCUGUAUUUCCACCUGGUCAACGUGUGUCUCCACAUCUGCGCCACCUGCCUGCUCCUGUACACCUGUGAGCAACACGUCUUCCAGCAAGCACACCUGGCCUUUGUCACAGCCCUCCUCUUCGCCGUGCACCCGGUUCACACCGAGGCGGUGUCUGGCAUCGUGGGGAGGGCUGACGUCCUGGCCUGUGUGUUGUUCUUGCUCUCCUUUCUCUGCUACACCAGGAGUCUGGGGGCCUCCUUCUCUGAGGACUCCCUGCCUGGGACUGAGUCUCCGGCUGCCCUGCUCUGCAGUCUGCUGCUGGGUACCUGUGCCAUGCUGGUCAAGGAGACGGGCGUCACGGUGUUCGGCGUCUGCCUUCUGUACGACGCUCUGGUGCUGUGUCGCAAGCCCCUCAUGCAUCACCGCUCGGUUUCAGGACUGUCAGACCUCCUUCGUUUCUGCACCCCCCUCCUCAAGCGAGCCUGUCUGCUCUCUGCCCACGUUGCUUUUAUUUUGUCAGUCAGGCUGUGGCUGAUGGGUGGAUCCAUGCCACUAUUCUCAGAACAAGAUAACCCCGCCUCCUUUUCACCUCACCUGCUCACCAGAACUCUCACCUUCUUGUACCUGCUGGCCUUUAACGCCUGGCUGCUGCUGGCGCCGGUGGUCCUCUGCUACGACUGGCAGGUGGGAAGCAUCCCGCUGGUGGAGUCUCUGGGAGACGUGCGUAACGUGGCCACCGGGCUGCUGGUCGUCCUCAUGGUGGCGCUCUGCCUGCGCUGCGCCCUCACCCUGCAGAUGGAGGACGGCUGCGCUCCUGUGGUUGGAAUCCUGUUCUUGGGGUUUCCCUUCAUUCCUGCCAGUAACCUUUUCUUCAGGGUGGGGUUUGUCGUCGCUGAGAGGGUCCUUUACAUGCCCAGCAUGGGUUACUGCAUCCUGGUCACCUACGGGCUGGGUCGGCUCUGCUCCAUGGCAGCCGGGUGGAGCGCCACUCUCCUCCGAGGCUCCAUGCUCCUGCUGAUCCUGCUUUUCUCCUGGAAGACUGUUCAGCAGAACACCGUGUGGCUCUCAAGGGAGGCGCUCUUUCGCUCUGGAAUCCAGACUCUGCCUCACAACGCCAAAGUCCACUACAACUAUGCCAACUUCUUGAAGGACAGCGGGCGGCGCGAGGAAGCCGCGCACCACUACAACACGGCCCUGAGGUUGUACCCUCGUCACGCCAGCGCCAUGAACAACCUGGGCACGCUGACCAACAGCCUGGAGACGGCAGAGCAUUACUACAGGAAAGCUCUGGACAUCAACCCCCAACACAACAGGGCCCUUUUUAAUCUGGGAAACCUGCUCAGGACCCAGGGACAGGACAAAGAGGCUGAGGUUCUUCUGAGGAACUCCAUCCGCUACGGCCCACAUUUUGCAGAUGCCUACUCCAGUUUGGCGUCGCUUUACGCCGACCAGGAGCGAGUUAUUGAAGCAAAGGAAGUCUACAUCAAAGGUAUAGAGAACUGUCCGGACAGCUCCGACCUGCACAACAACUACGGGGUGUUUCUGGUGAACACAGGAGAAGGAGAGUUGGCUGCUGCCCAUUACCAGCGUGCAAUACAGCUGAAACCAGCACAUUACGUUGCCAUGGCGAACCUGGGUCGUCUUCUGCGAGCGUCUAAUGAGAACGAUGAAGCGGAGUCCUGGUUUAAACGAGCGCUGCAGAUAUCCAGGAAGGUGGAUGUCCUCACCCCCCUCGGAGCGUUGUACUACAACACAGGCCGCUUCUCUGAGGCCCUGCAGGUGUACAGAGAGGCAGCUGCUCUGCAGCCACACAGCACCGACAUCCUGCUGGCCUUGGCUCAGGUGUUGGUCAUGACCGGCCACAGCACAGAGGCCGAACAGAUGACGCAGGACGUCAUCUCCAGAGAGGGCGGCUGCAUCGAGUGUUACCGCCUCCUGUCCGCCAUCUACAGCAAGCGUGGAAACCACACCGAGGCUCUCCAGGCUCUGGACCGAGCUCUGCAGCAGAAUCCGGUUGAUCUGACGGUUCGAGCAGAACUCCAUUUCUCCAAAGGAAACCAGCUCAGAGAAAUGCAGCAGCUUGAUGAAGCCCUUGAGAGCUACAAACUGGCUGUGGAGCUGAAACCGGAUCAGUCCCAGGCCUGGAUGAACAUGGGAGGGAUUCAGCACAUCAAGGGAGACUAUGCGACGGCCAGAACCUACUACCAGCAGGCCUUGCUCCUCAACCCCUCCUCCAAGCUUCUGAAGGAGAACUUAGCCAAGCUGGACCGGCUGGAGAAGAAGACUGCAGGAGCCACAUAAGUUCUGCUCUGCCUUUCUGUAGAAGAUAGACAGACAGCAGACCUGCAUUCAGAAGGUGUUCUUCUGACAGAAGACUCUGCGUUUCACUGUAAGAAUGUAUCGAUGGGAGUGCUUUGUGACGUGUCUGCGUCACUUUGGGGAAACAAACUUGUUGUGUGAAGAAGACUCGGGACGUCGUCAAGGUUCCUGUCCAAACCUCAGACUGCAGGAGAUCUGCAGACGUCUUUGAUGGCGUUCCAGCCUUUAGAUGGAGCUGUGAGGACUCUCUGAAAGCACCAGCCCAAGGUUUGGAUGCUCUCAUUCAUCCUGACUCGAAGGUGUUUGCAGGUCAGAAGAUAAUGAAGGGACCAGUGCAAUAAAAGAGUUGCACAUAUGAAGUGAAGGAUGUAAAAGAGUUUGAAGUAUUUCUGUUGGUUUACAUUUUUUUUCAUUUAUUUCUCAAGGUGGUGGUGUGCGUAGUAAUUGCAGUGUUUGUAUCCUUUGAUUUACUGUCAUUUUUAGAUCAUUAACAUCAAUGUAAUUCCAGUAGAUUUUAAAGGGGAAAAGCGGCUCGUCGGAAUUAUGUUGAUCGUGUUAAUAAUUACAAAAUUACAGUAUGUUAACGAUUUCUGUGCUUAAGCGUCACCUGCGACGUUUAGGUUUUUAGCUCCAUAUUGAGAAAAAGUUUAAAUCGGAGAGAUGAUGACAGUGAUGUGAGCAAAAACAGAAGCAGGGGAUCAAAGUAAAGCUAAUGAUCAGACAGCAUGUGAGCGACACCGUCCUAGAGUAAAAAAUAAACGACUUUAAAUGCGAGACAGCAGUUUGAGAAGACCCAAAAAGAGAUUUAUUUAAGUGUACUACAAGUAUACUUAAUCUAUAUUCAGACUGGGCAUAUUUGGUCUGCUUAAAGUGAACCCUGAUGAUCCAAAUUAAGUUUUUUGUCUAAAUCAGGGGUGUCAAAUACAAAGGACUAAAAUCCAAAACACACCUUAGGUUUCGGGCUGAACAGGAUAAACAUUUAUUGAACACUCUAAAACUACAAUCUUUAAAACUUUUAAACUGUAACUUUUUCACAUUAUUAUGAGCCAGACAUAUAGCAUUACCUGUGAUAGUGCUAGUGUGAAUAAGCUGAAAUUAUCAGAGGAAGUUGCUUAAAUUACUGGCUAAAAACGCUGAAGUUGAUAGCUGAAAACACUGAGGCCGAUAGCUAGCUAAAAUAUUAGCUAAAUACCAAAUUAUCCUAAAAAAAAAUUAAAAAAAAAAAAA